AUGUUGAUCCCCAAGGCCGACCGCAAGAAGAUCCACGAGUACCUCUUCCGUGAGGGUGUCCUCGUCGCGAAGAAGGACUUCAACCUCCCCAAGCACCCCGAUAUCGACACCAAGAACCUUUACGUCGUUAAGGCCCUGCAGUCCCUCAACUCCCGCGGCUAUGUCAAGACCCAGUUCUCCUGGCAAUACUACUACUACACCCUGACUCCCGAGGGUCUCGACUACCUCCGCGAGUGGCUUCACCUCCCCGCCGAGAUCGUUCCUGCUACCCACAUCAAGCAGCAGCGCUCCCACGCUCCUCCCCGCGGCAUGCUCGGCGAGGGCGAGCGCGAGAGAAGACCCUUCGGCGGCCGUGGCCGUGGCGAGCGUGGUGACCGUGAGGGUGGCUACCGCCGCCGUGAUGCUGGCGAGGGCAAGGAGGGCGGUGCCCCUGGUGGAUUCGAGCCCCAAUUCCGUGGUGGCUUUGGCCGUGGCCGUGGCGCUCCCCCCUCGUAA